AUGGCGCUGCUCGUGAAGAUGGGCACCGGUGUCCUGUUGUUUGCUGCUCUUUUCGUCGCCAUGGCCAUGGUCUUCUCAUCCUGCACUGCAUCAAGAGACUACUGCCAGUAUGUGGUGCCGUGCAACGCGACGACGUGCUUCGAGUACUGCCAGAAGAACAACUACAAGAACUUCCAGACGUACUGCACUCCGGGCAAAUAUUACCCCAUCUGCUGCUGCCGAGUGCCGUGA